ACGAGAAGAAGCACGUAAACAGGACAGCAGCAGUCUGCCAAAGAUCAGUAGGCGAGCGAGAAGACUGUAAGCAGGUAAGGAAACACUGAGACGGAGGAUGGGCAGAGGGGCAGAGGGUGAGAGAGAGAGAGUGAGAGAGAGAGAGAGAGAGAGUGAGAGAGAGAGAGAGGAAGAAGAGACACACCUUGGGCAGGUUAACAAAACAAAAGCAAGAUAAGCAAAGACACAUCACAUUGAAGGUAAGAGUUAUUUUUUCAUUAUUAUUUGUUGCUAAAUUUCAUCAUAUUUUAAGAUCAAACCUUAUUUUUACAUGAUACUUAGUAUUAGAUGCACUAAAUGUUACAGAACAUUGAUUUGAAUGUAGUGUAUUUAGCACAGCAUGUGAUAUCUGCCACUGAUUUGAUCGUUUUCCACUUUUUUCCUCGGUAGAAUGGGACUUGUGCAAUACUUUGUGACUGUCCCGUUGUUAUGUGCCCAGUUGGUGCUCACCUCUCCGCUGCUCCCACGGAUGUACGAUGGCACAAGUUCUGAAAUGUGCCCUGCAGGUGAAUAUUUGAAGCACUCAGGCACAGAGUGUGAGCCUUGUCCUGCUGGAAGCUUCACAGCUGACUUUAACCGUGAAGACAGUUGUCAUCGCUGCUUUGGAGACUGCAGAUCAGAUUAUCAUCUGAGGGUGGUUCAGAAAUGCACCAGCACGUCCAAUAUAAAGUGCGUCUGUGAGGUUGGAUUCACAUGCUCUGAGGUGGUCCAGUACACAGAAAACUGCAGAUUAUGUGAAAAGAUCCAUCGACAAAACAACUCCAGUGCAGUUGCUGCAGCCCCAGGAAAUAAUAAACAGAUACCUCCCGCAAUUUCCUCAGGACAUAGCAGCACUUCUGCCAAACCCUGCCAACAUUCCAAAUGUGAUUCUCAGUCUGACCCAUCAACACCUAAUGAAGACACGACGAGAAGCCCGCUGGCAGCCAUCUUGUGUCCUGUGGUUGUUAUAGCAUGUCUGGCUCUUGUGAUCUUGUUCUGUGUCCAGCAGACGAGAGAUGGCGCCUGUUUUAAGCAAGCUAUUACAAAGCUACGUGAUGAGGGGAGACAAGCUUCUGCUUCUUUCAAGUCAAAGGAGUCAAGUCAGUUCCCCAGAGACUCAUUCAGUGCUAAGCAGCAACCACCAUCUGUCUCAGCAGCCAGUCUGGGUCCAGUCCAUUUCCAUAAUCCAGGCACAGUCAUCUUCAGCCUGCUCAGCCAGUUUUCAGGACAAGUUGGAACAACAGUUGUAGGCGAGAAGAUGACCGAUAGAGCGGGUGCCGAGGAAGACAACAGAACAGAAAGUCCCGUGUGUCAUCCCUCAUCUUCUCCCAGUCUUCAUCUCUCUGAGGAGGAAAGGAGCGCAGAGAGCGACAGCAUUUUCUUUCCGUCCCAGGAGCAGGGGAAGGACUGCCACAUGUCCAAAGAGGAGGAGCUUUGAUGCACCGCAGAGCUCCCAGAGGAUUGGUGUCGCUGGUUUGGGACUAUGACUCUAAGCACAUUCUUUUAAAGGAAUAAUUUAUAGACUACAGAUGAUUGUGGAGCACAUUUCAUUCCACCUCAGACAAACUGGGAGGGGACAAAAGAGCUCCGUGUGACAUUUUUUUCUUCAGGUUUUGGGAAAUAAGCAACUGGAACUUGAUACAUAUUUUUAAGUUAUAAUUUAAGAAUUCCUCUGUAAUAGUUUUUGAUAAGCUCUCUUA